ACUCUAGUUGUCCCUUCCUUAAGCACUUCCUGUUUGAUCUCUAUGAUCCAUCCAGUUGCGACUUGAUUCGUUCCUCAAAUUUUCAAUUUACCGUAAACAAAGGGGACGCGCGUUGACCCGGAAGUGAAAGCUGGAACCCGGCCGGAGUAGCUCUGAGCACCGGCUGUGAGGAAGGAGGUUCUGGGCAAGCUAUAGCCAUGGCUGUGGCUGUAGCCAUGGCGGGAGCCUUAAUCGGGUCGGAGCCAGGCCCCGCGGAAGAACUUGCCAAACUCGAGUACCUGUCUUUGGUGUCAAAGGUUUGCACUGAGCUGGACAAUCACUUGGGGAUCAACGACAAGGACCUUGCUGAAUUUGUGAUCAGUCUUGCUGAGAAAAAUACCACCUUUGAUACUUUUAAGGCUUCUCUCGUCAAAAAUGGUGCAGAAUUUACGGAUUCUCUUAUUAGUAACUUGCUGCGUCUCAUACAAACCAUGCGGCCUCCAGCGAAGCCUUCCACUAGCAAAGAUCCAGUUGUUAAACCUAAAACAGAAAAAGAAAAGCUGAAGGAACUCUUCCCAGUCCUUUGCCAACCGGACAACCCUUCUGUUCGGACCAUGUUGGAUGAAGAUGAUGUGAAAGUUGCUGUGGAUGUCCUGAAAGAACUGGAAGCUUUAAUGCCCAGCGCAGCAGGCCAGGAGAAGCAAAGAGAUGCUGAACACCGGGACAGGACAAAGAAGAAGAAGCGGAGUCGAAGCCGAGAUCGAAACCGAGAUCGAGACAGAGAUAGGGAACGAAACCGAGAUAGAGACCACAAGCGGAGACACCGAUCCCGCUCUCGAUCACGUUCCAGGACCCGGGAGAAGAAUAAAGUGAAGUCUAGAUAUCAGUCCAGGAGCAGGAGUCAGAGUCCCCCCAAAGACCGGAAGGACCGGGACAAAUAUGGAGAGCGGAAUCUGGAUAGAUGGCGGGAUAAGCAUGUGGACCGCCCUCCUCCAGAAGAGCCCACCAUUGGUGACAUUUAUAAUGGCAAAGUUACCAGCAUCAUGCAGUUUGGUUGCUUUGUGCAGCUGGAAGGACUAAGGAAGCGGUGGGAAGGCCUGGUGCACAUCUCUGAGCUCCGGCGGGAGGGUCGUGUGGCCAAUGUAGCUGAUGUCGUGAGCAAAGGCCAGAGGGUCAAAGUCAAAGUGCUGUCCUUCACUGGGACCAAGACCAGCCUGAGCAUGAAGGAUGUGGAUCAAGAGACUGGAGAAGAUCUAAACCCAAAUAGACGGCGAAAUCUUGUCGGGGAGACCAAUGAGGAGACCUCAAUGCGGAAUCCUGAUAGACCCACUCACUUGUCCCUUGUCAGUGCUCCUGAAGUAGAGGACGACUCACUGGAACGCAAGCGCCUCACCCGAAUCUCUGACCCAGAGAAGUGGGAGAUCAAACAGAUGAUUGCUGCCAAUGUCCUUUCCAAAGAAGAAUUUCCAGACUUUGAUGAAGAGACUGGCAUUCUCCCUAAGGUGGAUGAUGAAGAAGAUGAGGACCUUGAGAUUGAAUUGGUUGAGGAAGAGCCUCCAUUCCUGAGAGGGCACACUAAGCAAAGCAUGGACAUGAGCCCCAUUAAAAUUGUCAAGAACCCAGACGGCUCCCUCUCCCAAGCAGCAAUGAUGCAGAGUGCCUUGGCCAAAGAAAGGCGGGAACUCAAACAGGCCCAGCGGGAAGCUGAGAUGGAUUCUAUUCCCAUGGGACUCAACAAACACUGGGUUGACCCUCUGCCUGAUGCGGAAGGCAGACAGAUUGCUGCCAACAUGAGGGGUAUUGGGAUGAUGCCCAAUGAUAUUCCUGAGUGGAAGAAGCAUGCCUUUGGGGGCAACAAAGCCUCUUACGGAAAAAAGACCCAGAUGUCAAUCCUUGAGCAGAGGGAGAGCCUGCCCAUCUACAAACUGAAGGAGCAAUUGGUCCAGGCCGUCCAUGACAAUCAGAUCCUGAUUGUCAUUGGUGAGACAGGAUCUGGAAAGACAACACAGAUCACCCAGUACCUGGCGGAGGCAGGCUACACUUCCAGGGGCAAGAUUGGGUGUACCCAGCCCAGAAGAGUGGCAGCUAUGUCGGUGGCCAAAAGAGUGUCAGAGGAGUUUGGUUGUUGCUUAGGCCAAGAGGUGGGCUACACCAUUCGAUUUGAGGACUGCACUAGCCCUGAAACAGUCAUCAAGUACAUGACAGAUGGGAUGUUGCUUAGAGAGUGCUUGAUUGACCCUGACCUCACUCAGUACGCGAUCAUCAUGUUGGACGAGGCGCAUGAGAGGACAAUUCACACUGAUGUGCUCUUUGGAUUGUUGAAAAAGACAGUUCAGAAACGGCAGGACAUGAAGCUGAUUGUCACCUCAGCCACCUUGGAUGCAGUGAAGUUUUCUCAAUACUUCUAUGAAGCUCCCAUUUUCACCAUCCCAGGUCGAACAUAUCCAGUGGAAAUACUAUACACAAAGGAACCUGAGACAGAUUAUCUGGAUGCCAGCCUGAUUACUGUUAUGCAGAUUCAUUUAACAGAACCACCAGGUGAUAUCCUGGUCUUCCUGACUGGUCAGGAAGAAAUUGAUACUGCUUGUGAGAUCCUGUAUGAAAGAAUGAAAUCCCUGGGACCUGAUGUUCCAGAGUUAAUUAUCCUCCCAGUGUACUCUGCUCUUCCCAGUGAGAUGCAGACCCGAAUCUUUGACCCAGCUCCACCAGGCAGCAGAAAGGUUGUGAUUGCCACCAAUAUCGCAGAGACAUCGCUGACUAUUGAUGGUAUCUACUAUGUGGUGGACCCAGGAUUCGUGAAGCAGAAAGUUUACAAUUCCAAGACAGGGAUUGACCAGCUCGUGGUGACGCCUAUUUCUCAGGCUCAGGCAAAGCAACGAGCUGGCAGAGCUGGGAGAACAGGCCCAGGGAAGUGUUACAGGUUGUACACAGAACGUGCCUACCGAGAUGAAAUGCUGACCACCAACGUGCCGGAAAUCCAGAGAACCAACUUAGCAAGCACAGUGCUGUCACUCAAGGCCAUGGGUAUCAAUGAUCUGCUGUCCUUUGAUUUCAUGGAUGCCCCACCUAUGGAAACUUUGAUCACAGCCAUGGAGCAGCUGUACACACUGGGGGCCCUGGAUGACGAGGGCCUGCUCACUCGCUUGGGCCGCCGGAUGGCAGAGUUCCCUCUGGAGCCAAUGCUAUGCAAAAUGCUCAUCAUGUCUGUGCAUCUGGGCUGCAGUGAGGAAAUGCUGACCAUUGUAUCCAUGCUGUCUGUGCAGAACGUCUUCUAUAGGCCCAAGGAUAAACAAGCCCUUGCAGAUCAGAAGAAGGCCAAAUUCCACCAGACUGAAGGGGACCACCUCACCCUGCUAGCUGUGUACAACUCCUGGAAGAACAACAAGUUCUCCAACCCAUGGUGCUAUGAGAACUUUAUCCAGGCUCGUUCCCUGCGCCGGGCCCAGGACAUUCGCAAGCAGAUGUUAGGCAUAAUGGACAGACACAAGCUGGAUGUUGUUUCCUGUGGCAAGUCCACAGUCCGAGUGCAGAAGGCCAUCUGCAGUGGGUUCUUCCGUAAUGCUGCCAAGAAAGACCCGCAGGAGGGUUACCGGACACUGAUCGACCAGCAGGUGGUCUAUAUCCAUCCUUCCAGUGCCCUCUUCAACAGACAGCCAGAAUGAGAUGGGUUCCCACUAUGCUGCCCAGGCUGCUCUCCAAUCCCUGACGUCAAGCAAUCUUCCUGCCUCUGCGUCCCAAAGCGCUGGGAUUACAGUCGAGAGCCACUGUCCUCUGCACUGAGGAGGCUCCUUACCUGGCGGAACAUCAGGCAGGUCUUGCCAGGCCAGGUUGCGGAACUUACGGAAAGCUGGUCUGGAUGUAGUGCUUGUAGAGAAGCUUCUGAGAGAUUGGGCACAUCCUGUUACGUUGCUGCUUCUCCUGUCCUUAUGUUAUUAGUAAGUUCUGAAGUGAUGUAAAUGCUAGAACUACUGUAGAACUGUAUGCCAGACACUAAGAGAGACUAUGUAACAUUCCAGGAUAUAAAGGAAUGUAUGUUGUCACUGGGCAGCAAACCACACCCUAAAGACAAUUCAGAAAGAGUCCGAGGGAGAGGAAUAUAGGCCAGGCAAUCUGCUGGCUGCAGAUCCCUGCCCCUUCAUUAAGCUGAGUGAGUGCCUCCUGAUGCUGUCUGAGUAUGCGCCUUCGUAAGCCCAGGCCAGUAAUCAAGGGGCAGGGCAUUGUUGUGUGUUAACCUUGAAGGCCUUCUGGGGAGAGACAGUACAGGGACCUCAAAUGAAACCAAAGGGGAAACGGGGACUGGGCACCCACCUCCCCAAUCUCGUUUUGUUUUGUUUUUGUUUUUGUUAAGACAGGGUCUUGCCAUCUUGCCUAGGCUGGCAUCAAACUCCUGAGCUCAAGUGAUCUUCCUGCCUCAGCCUCCUGAGUAGCUGGGACUACAGGUGCAUGUCACCACACCUGGCUCCCAGUCCUAAUUCCAGCCUAAAUUUUCCCCAUUCAGAAACACUCCUGAAUAUAGUGGCCCAGCCUGUCCUGACUGAGUGCCCAGCACUGACAAUGUUGACACCUGGGGAGGGAGGGUUGGGUUUCAAGCUGAGGUUGAAAAGGGAUGUUGAAUGGGCUAAGGAUAAGAGACAGCAGGGUUGGUUAUCUUUUCUGGCUCAGGUGGAGGAAAGAGAAGGAUCCCCAUUCUGUGGGUGUUCCUUGACCAUCUCUCUACCCUAGAGCUGAGGUCACUUCUCUGCUAUGACAACAUAGCUGGGUUCUGACCUUUUGACCAUCAGGAAAGCAAUGUCAGCAGCUGAGCUGAGCCUGCUCUGAGGGAGAAGGGGGGGUCCUGUCCAGAUGCAGAAGGGGAGCUUGCCUGCUGCUCUCACACAAUGGAGGCCUUGUUUCUCUUCCUUGAACCAGUAUUUCCCAAGAUUGAGUGACAGCCCAGGAGAGGAUAUGGGUCUCAUGCAGAGAGCUGGGAUCUUCUUGGCCAUUAAAGUAUAUUGUUCACCCCCACCCCGCGAGAACCAAGCUCAGGAGUUGCCUGCCUCUGCACACAUGCUGAGUGUGCUGUUUGUGUAUAUGGCGGGACCGUCCCUAUGGGGCAUGUGUGAGCUCCGCAGCUGGGUCAGGCUCCUCGGUCCAGGUUUACUUCAUCCCGCCUGGACGUGAUUUGGCUUUGACUGUCUCUCCUGCAGCCCAAAGCACUUCCUCCCCGUGGUUGCUGUAGCUGUCUCAUUGGAGCAGUGCCUCUCCAAGUUUGAGGAUUUGAACAAAGAACUGGGACUGGUGACUUGUUAAUGAACAGUUCAGAGGGCAGAGGGCAAUCAUCUCAGCUUGUGGAGACCUUUCUUUCCCUGGAUGCUGCUUCUCAGCUAAAUCCCUCUCCGUGUGUGUACUCGGCCUUCAGGGUUUCCACCGAUUUUUACACCUUCUUCCCACCGUGAUAGCUUGGCUUUAAUGUGGAAUUAAAUUAUAUAUUUUUAAAACCUG